UAUUCUCGUGACUUGUACAAUUAUUUCGUGAACUAUUCCAUGUCUAUUUGUGAUUUUUGAAGUCCGUGGUUGUCUUGCAUGCACGAUUUGAUAUGGAGGGAGCUAUUAGAGUUACUUUGCCAGCAGUUUCAUUAAAGAUUGUUGUGUCAGUUCAUUUCAUUUUAACUAUAUGGGGCGAUCAGUUGAAGUGGUUACCGGAAACAUAUCUCUUUUGUAAUUUGCUCGUACUAGCUGUAGGAGUUUGGGCAAUAGCAUCACCAGAGAAUGAAGAUGCAUCACAGCUGUUUUUGUGUGGAAUGUUGUUUACAAUACUACAUGAUAUCAUAGUUUUUUCUAUUUUUUAUACUCCAGUGCCUUCAUCUCACUUUAGGUUUUGUGCUGGAAUGGCAAUCUUGAGUUUGAUUUUGAAGCCUCUGUCUUGCUUGCUUAUCUUUCAAAAUCACCGUUGCCGAGGAGGAGCAGAGAGCUACAGCUGGUCAGGUUCCCCUUAUGCGACGAUAGAGGGUCAUACAAGCUCUAAACCUCCACCUGGUUAUGGGCCUGUACCAGCCCCUGGAAACCAUCCCCAGUCAUAAGCCUGGACAAGAACACAUGAACGUGAUGCCAUUCUCUGAUCAUAUGUGAAAAUAAACAUUCAAUUUUACAAAAAGCUUGCUGAAAUUUGUAGGCCUGUGACAAUUUCUAGGAAAAGUUGAUGACAUUUCAGUAUGUUGUAGUAAACAGGUAUAAUGAUAUAUUGUUUAUUAUUUCCACGUGAUGACAGAAUUCAACACUCUUACAUGGCUUUGGGAUGGCUGUUUUAUCUAACAUAUAUGAGCAUGUGUAGUUAUGUCAAUAUUUUAAUGUAGAGUGUGAAAUAAAAGAAUUUGUAUUGAUAUA